AUGUGCCGCGCAGGGACCAAGACAAGAACAGCCCGUCUUUUCACCCUCGGAGAGUUGGCGAGCACCACAGCGUGGAGUUGUGCGAUGACUCUGAUGGCAUCUGGUCGACAUGGUGCAAGCCUGAAGAGAAGAAGACGGGAGAUAAACAGACAGGCGGUUUCCAUUGCAGCGCCAAGAAUAGAGUGCGAUCUCCAAUUUAAAAGCUUACUGGGGACGCGUACGUAA